CGGACGUAGUGCCUGUUUCGGGAGCGGGACGACAGCAGCUCGUGAUGGCCUCGAAGACGAUCGUUCAUCUGGCGAUUGCCUGCGGCGUGAUCGCGCUCGGGACCCCGUUGAGUCACUAUCAGCGUUUCUCAAGCACAGGGAACCAGUUGGAGCACAAUGUGGUGGAGAGACAAUCCUCGGCGUCUUGCCCGGAGAGAAAUGGCCGAUUUCCGAUCCCUAAUCAGUGCGACGCGUACAUAGAAUGCAUCAACGGCGAACCAGAAGAGAAGCUAUGCCCCGAAGGUCUGCUCUUCAACCCCGAAGCGAGAUUCAAUUACCCCUGUGGUUAUCCUAUUGACGUCAACUGCGAGGGCAGACCUAAUCGCCAGCCCCCGCAGCCAACUGACGACUGUCCCCAUCAGUAUGGAUACUUCAAGGUCGGAGAUCACCAGCACUGCGGCCAAUUCAUGAAUUGCGCAGAGGGCAGGGGUUACGUCUUCGAUUGUCCCGAGGGGUUGGCUUUCAAUCCGGAAACGUAUCGAUGCGACUGGCCGGAUCAGGUUCCGGAUUGCGACGCAGAGGCAUUCCUCGGCUUCCGGUGUCCGGAAGCAAGGGACCAAGGAUUCUUCGGUGGCGCUCCUCAGUUCCAUCGGAGCGUGCACGAUUGCCAGCAUUAUUAUGUUUGCGUGAAUGGUCGUCCGAGGUUGCACAAUUGCGGCGAAGGGAACGCGUUCAACGAACUGUACAACACCUGCGACGCCGCAGAAAAUGUCACCGGAUGCGAGCCACCGGAAUUAUCAAUUCUCGACAAACAGCUGAAGAGACCUCUCUUCUAAAGGAACACCUCAGAAAAAUAUAUAUCUUCUGAAAAGUAUAUGAUCAUUGCAGGAGCAACGGUACACAGAUCAAGGAAAUAAUAAAAUUACAUCAUCAAUGCGUGAUGUUCUCACGCAAAGUAAUGAGUAGAUGCGAAACAAACGCGGGAAGUAUUGUAUCGCGUGCGUAGAUCGAUCAUGUGAACACGCAAGAUGCCAUAAACAAUUGUGUAAAUAUACAUGUGUAAGUAGUUACCUUAUAAAAAUCAAUUAUUGUUAGUACAAACUUGUAUUAAUUUCAUAAAGAAAUUAUUCAAAACUAAAAACUAUCUUCUUCCAAACAAAACCACCCUUACACAAAAAUAUCAAUCAACAAAUGUAUCUAGAUUAAUUUUUAUUACUGGUAUUAUUACUGGUAUUAUUCAUGAAAAAAUUGCUUAAAAUGAAAAAUUAUUUUUAUCUUUCAAAU